AUGUCCCACACCGGCGCGACCGUGUCGGGCAACAGCUCGGGCAACAGCAUGACGGGUCUUGGCCUCGGCACACUCGGCGAAGAGCCAGGUGCGUCGUCGUCGUCGUCGUCCAUGGCGACGGCGUCGACUCCUCUUCGAGUGGACACUUCGGCGGAUGGGCUCGAGCUCGAGCUCGAGCUCGCCGACGUGCCCGAGGACAGCGUGUUUAUCCCCUCACCGCUGCGCUCGACGCCCGCGGGCUCUGGAACGGCAUCCGCGUCCACUUCCUCCCCUCCCAUCGCCUCCCCAAGGCCAAGGCCACACCCCUUGUCCACUAGCACAAGCACACCGCCGACUGCAGCGGCCUUGGGCCAGCCGCUGUCGCCGCGUUUGCGCUCGCCGUGCGCGUCGCCUCGACCUGCAUCGCGCGCCCGCCCCACGAGUGCGCUCGUCUCGUCGCUCGUGGCCGGCAACGCAGCCGGUAUCGUCAAGCCGCGUUCCAACUCGUCCCUCCACAGCUCGCGCCCCGCCCCGCCGAGCCCGGCGACGUCGCGCCCCCAGUCGCAGGUGCUCUCCAGCCCCGGUCUGAGCCCGCACCUCAGCCCGCGCGCAAGUCCCGGCCCGCUCGGUGGCCUGGGCAUCGUCAACCUCGGUACACCAGUGUCGUCCGUCUCGAGCGGCCCGUCGGCGGUCUCGUAUCUUCCCCGCGACCGCGCAAGUUCCGUGUCGUCCACCCGCCGUCUCCGACCAAAGUCGACGCUGGGCACAAGCAGUCUCAUCGCCCCAUCGCUGCCCGAGCAGUCGUCGGCAUUGUCCGAGCCCACGUCUCCGCGCAGGGCAGACAGUGAUGGCGCCGCCGCCGCCGCAGCAGCAGCAGCAGAGGGCACACCGCGUACACGCGGAGCGAGCAUUAGCGUCGCUGCCAUGGCACGCUCGAGUGCACGGAGCAGCUCUGCCAGUCUGUCUGCUGUGGCUGUCCAGGUUGCAGCUGCGCCCGCCCUCUCGCCGCUCGUCAGCAGUGGCGCCAGCGCCAGCGGUGUCAGUGCCGCAAGUGCAAGCGUAAGCGGCGACGACGACGUUGUCAUGGGAUCACAAGAGCUUGCGCCGCCAACGUCCACUGCGACCUCGACAUCGGCGUCGACCCCGCACGCCCCGCAGGAGCGCGCUUUGCCAGAACAGCCGCAGCCAGGGGAGCAAGCCGACGCACCGCCGCCAGCGCCAGCGCGCAGCUCGCAGCUUUACGAUGCAGAGCUCGUGGGCGUGGCAGCAACGCUUGUUCGCCGAGUCAUCGUCCGCGACUAUGCGUAUCCACUGGAUGAUGCGCGGUUCCUGGGGCUGGGUCCACACCGCUCACGCUCAAACUGGUGUGAAGGAGAGCCCGAACCGGAGGAGCCGCCCGAGCCGGAAAAGCCCGCGUGGGGCAUGUCGUCGCUCGGUCUAGGCAGCUGGGGCUUCCUCAGUCGCCGCCAGGCCGAGCCCGAGCCCCCCGUCGGCGCGCCUGCCGCCGACGACACCGACUUUAGGCUCGAGGGCACGACGCCCGACCACGACAACGACCAGUACUGGUCCGACGACGACGACGAGUACGAAGGCGCCGACGACGACCCGGACGGCCUGUUCCGCGCCGCGUACGCGUUUGAGCCCGAGGGCGUCAACGAGAUGGCCGUCGAGGUCGGCGACCUGCUCGACGUGCGCGGCCGUGGCGGCGGCGGCGACGGGUGGGUCGUUGCCAUCCGCCUGGAUUCGGGCCACGAGGGGCUCGUCCCCGAGGGAUACCUUGAAAAAGUCGACCACGAAGAGUGUCCCGAGGGAUGGGCGCACCUCACCACCAUGCGCCGGGAAGCGAGCGAGGCCCCCGACGACCCCGACGACAUUGUCCCCAGCGACAGUCCGGCAGAUAUCUCGGGCGCAAACGACAGUAGCGACGACAACGACGAGGAUCCCAGGCGACGUGCACGGGCGUGA